GCACGCGGCGGCCGCGGGGCUCGGCAGCAUGUCGGUCAGCAGAAAGGACUGGUCCGCGCUGUCUAGCCUGGCCCGGCAGAGGACUUUGGAGGAUGAAGAGGAACAGGAGCGUGAACGCAGGCGGAGGCACCGCAACCUGAGUUCAACCACAGAGGAUGAAUCUCCAAAACUCACCCAGAAUGGAGCUCAGAGAUCUGUGGAGAGGCUGCCCAGUGUGGAGGAAGCAGAGGUCUCCAAGCCAUCCCCUCCAGCCUCCAAAGACGAAGGCGAAGAGUUCCAGGCCAUCCUCAGGACCAGAAAGGGGCGGAGACAGAGGCAGCAGGUGGUAGGGGCUGUCCAGGCUCCGGGACAGGAGAAGGUAGAGGCAGAGGAGGAAAGGGACAGCCUGGGCCCUGAGCAGACCGUGUCGCAGCCCCUUGUGCCUAAGAAGAAAGUGGAGUCCCUGCCUCGCCGGAGACUGAGUCGGGAGCAGCGAGGCCCUUGGGCCCAGGAAGAAGAAUGUCUAAAGAGCAGAGAGCUUGUGGAAGGAGAAAAGGGGCGUCCAGAGGAGACAGCAGCUCAGCAGAAAUCGCCUGUCUCAGAGAAAACCCCAGUGUCCGCCAAGAGACUGGUUUCGGAGAAAGCCUGCCCCUCAGAGAAGGGGACAGCCACAGAGAAAGCGUCUCCAACCGAGAAAAGACCAGAGAAGUUGGUUCCAGAAAGAACAAGUGUGACAGAGAAGUCACCAGCCCCUGAGAAGACACUUGUGUCCCUGAAGACAGCAGCACCAGAGAGAAGGUCCCCUCCAGUUCUAGAAAAAGCCACCGUCUCUGAGAAGAUGCAGGAGAGGAAGCUGGUGUCGGAGAAAGCGUCCAUCUUCGAGAAGCCACUGGUCUCAGAGACGAAGCUGACUCCAAAGAAGGCAGCGGUGUCAGAGCAGCCCCAGACCCCUGGGGGAAGCCAGGCCACCACGAGGGAGGUCAGCGGAAGGGCCCUCCCUGGGAAGAGCCCACCUUCCUCUGCAGAGCAGAGCGCACCAGACCCGCCGACUAAAGCGUCUCGCUUCCUACCCGUCACACUGCAGGUGAAAAUUCCCAGCAAGGAUGAAGAUGCAGACAUAUCUUCACCCACACUCACCUACAGCAGUUCCCUCAAGCGCUCCAGCCCCAGGACCAUCUCCUUCCGGAUGAGCCUCAAGAAAGACAACCCAGAAACAACCUUAACCCGCAGUGCCAGUGUGAGGCUGCCGGCUAGCACAGUCAAGCUAGGGGAGAAACUGGAGAGAUAUCACACGGCCAUCCAGAGGUCAGAAUCCGUCAGGUCUCCAGGCUCCUCCCGUACCGAAGUCCUUGUCACUCCUGCUGGUGUAGCCAGCAAGCGCCACCUCUUUGAGAAGGAACUGUCAGGCCAGAACCGCACAGAACCAACCUCCAUCCGAAAGGAGAAUCUGCGUCUGUCAGGGGUCGUGACAUCCAAACUUAACCUGUGGAUAAGCAGGACCCAGGAUUCGGGAGACCACGGUCCUCAGGAGGUACGAAAAGAGGCAUCAGCCACCAAGAGGGCUCAGUGGGGAAACAAGUCAACCACAUCUCUGGAUGCAGAGGUGUGACGAUCCCUGUCAGGACAGACCUGCAAACCUGCAUCCCAAGGGCCUUCGUUGCAGACCCCACUCCCUUUCUGCCUCUGGGACAGUCUGGUCGGGGCCUUUGGGGGCCAGGAACAUGAAUGGCACUCCUCCAGCCCCUCUCCAGCCCAGACUGUGGGCAGAUGUGCUUUGGUACUUUCUUGUCCCGCUGCAGAUACAAAAUAUCCUGAACCCAGAAGGCCCCAAAGCACAGCCCUGGCGCAUCAGCUAAUGGAGUCUCCAUGUCCUCCCUAGGGACUGCCUCCCUAGGGACUGCCUCCCUUUGCCCUGCUCACUUCCAGCAUCAAGCCACAUUAUUUUGCAAACUCCAGAGUUAUGUCUUGCCUGCUCCCGGCAGGCACUCAGUGUGCCUGUGACAUCUCCACACUAUGUCCUAGACCUGUUGAUGGCUCCCUGAGGCUUUUUCAAGCCAGACUGGAAAGGAGCAGCCCAUGUGCUACAUCCGCUGCUUGUGCUGUGUUCCCCACCAUCCUGCUGCCCUGAUCGGGAGCUCAGUGCCCUUUUGUCUUACCCCAUGCCUAUUCUCUCACCCAGAAAAAACCUUCCCCAGGAAGGAUCUGAUAAACUCAUUCAGUCUCAGGCAUAA